AUGAACGUGGAAAUUCAAAAAGGGUGUGAGGCGUACAACCAACUCGACAUUAACACAAAUCAGUUGAUCGAUAAAUUAAUUGUGAUUGCUAAGAAAAUGGACAACAACAAAGAAGCGAUCGAUACGAUUAUCACAGAAACUGAGAUGCUUGUCGGCAUGGUCGAUAAAAUAAGGGAAAAGGAGAAAAAAGCAUUAGACUUGGAAACAAAUAAUCGCCAAAAGGCCGCACAACUUCUUUUAAUAAUCAAAGAGAAACAUCCCGAAUAUUUGGACGCUUUUUCUUCAUACACAGAAAGAACACUCACUUUUGGACAAAUCGAAAAAAUGAUCGAGCAACUUGGGUGCACCGUGAAAACAAUCAAUGCACAAAUCGAACAAAUCACUGAAACUCAAGUGUCUAAGAAAAACCUUGAUAAAGUGAUGGAUCAAUUAAAGGAACAGAGAAGACAAAUUAGCAGAUUGAUGAUGAUGUCAACGUUUAAGAAUUGA